AUGGAUGAAGCGGUUCCUGACCGGCUGAGCAACUGGUGGGCCGGGUUGCAACCCGCGACAUCAGGAGGAAAUAUCCCGAAAACAUGCUCCUCCAAACUGCGACGGACGGCAUCAGACCCCGAAUCGGAACAGGGCGGCGCGCCAGGACCACAUGGAGCGGUGGCAGCAGAACCAACCGCCGCAGGCGCAGAUCAAAAUUCUCCUUUCGAACUGCUUGAGCUAUUCGAUGCCGGAGAAAGCGGGGCCUCUUCCCUCUCCGUUAGUAAGUCAUCGGACAACCCGCCCGGUUGCCGCUUAGUGCUUGUCACAAUAUUCAUUUCCGAAGUCUCAAGGCAUGGUGUCGGGACCAAGCCCGCCCGGAUGGGGACCAAAACCGUUGGAAACUUCCCAUCCAAGUCCCGUAAUAGCCCCAGAAAACUUUCAACGCAGACCCAGAAUGCUCCAGAAGCCGGGCAAGCCGGGCCCUGCACGAGAGUCCCUGUCAGCAACCCACCAACUAGGUCAUUUUGGGUAAAACUUCUCCAGCAGAUCAAAGAUGAUCUGCCCCAAAAGAAAAGUUGGAGGCCAAACUCUGGAUAG